GGGUCUACCGGUGAUUAGGGUUGAAGCCAAUUUAGGCGUUAAAGAGGGAAAGCGAAGCAGCAGCAGAAGAAGAAAGAAAGAGGAGGAUGAGCGGAGCAGGGGCACCAGAUUUCUUCUAUAGAGAGGCUCAGCGUCUGGGCUACGUUGCUCGCUCUGCCUUCAAGCUGCUUCAGAUGCAAAAACAGUACAAACUGAUAAAGCCUGGUUCUUCUGUUCUUGACCUCGGUUGUGCUCCUGGUGCCUGGCUUCAGGUGGCUUGUCAGAGCUUGGGACCAGUGAAAAAUGGGGGCUUGGUUGUGGGCAUUGAUCUGAAGAAGGUGAAGGUUCCGUCUGUCCACUGUGAUGCAAGGGUUCAGACUGUUUGUGCUGAUGUCAUGAAUCUUCCCAAAAACCUAAUUAGAGCGCUAUCUCCUCAGCAGCGAGGGUUUUCAGUCAUACUCUCAGAUAUGUGCCCCCCAGUUUCUGGAAUCACAACUAAGGAUGCAGCACUAUCUGCUGAGUUGGGGAUGCGAGCGCUUGAUUUGGCUAUUGGAAGGACUGCCCCAUCAGAUCAAAAUAUUCAAGGGGAGGCUCAAACGAAUGAUCCAGAUUGUGGCGUAUUACUACCCGGGGGCCACCUCGUCAUUAAGCUUCUAGAGAGUGAAGACGUGCGAGAAUUAAAUCAAAUUUGUAAACCCCUCUUUAGAAAGGCAUCAUGGUUGAGGCCUAAAGCUACUAGAUCAUCUUCCAGAGAGAUCUAUUUGAUAAGUCAGGAAUUGCUAUAGAUCAAGCUUCAGAUAGAGCUUGGUUAAAAGAAGUGGAAAAGGCACAGUUUAGAACUUUUGUUAUAAUUUGCCUAUUUGGGCUUGCAAACAUUAUUAGAAUUAUCAAUGAAAAUGUUCUCUUUGCGGACAGAA